AUGGCGUGCCGGGCGCUCCGCGGGCUGCUCGCGCUGGCGGCGCCGGGGCGGGAGGAGGCGCAGGAGCAGCGCUGCACCGUGGAGCGGCGGGCCGGCCUCGCCCUCGCCGAGUUCGUGCAGCGCUACGCCUUCCUCCUGCCGGUCAUCCUGCAGGCCGCGGACGACUCGCGGUUCCGGGCCCUGUGCUCCCGAGACAGACUGCUGGCCGCCUUCGGGGACAACGCCAACACCUACUCCUACCGGAAAGUGGACCUGCCCUUGCAGGAGUACGUGGAGCGGCUGCUGCACCCCAGGACCCCCCCGGGUGCCGGGACCGCGCCUCUGCGUUCUCGGCCGGCAAACAACUUCACCGAGUGGGAAUCGCUGUUUCGGCACUACACCCCUCUGCUCGGAACUACUGCAUACAGCUUUGGAAUUGCAGGAGCUGGCUCCGGGGUGCCCUUCCACUGGCACGGGCCUGGGUUCUCUGAGGUGAUCUACGGCCGCAAGUGCUGGUUCCUCUACCCACCUGAGAAGACACCCGAGUUCCAUCCCAACAAGACCACCCUGGCCUGGCUGCGGGACACCUACCCGGCCCUGGCCCGGUCGGCACGGCCCCUGGAGUGCACGGUCCAGGCUGGUGAGGUGCUGUAUUUCCCUGGCCGCGGGUGGCAUGCCACGCUCAACCUCGACACCAGCGUCUUCAUCUCUACCUUUCUUGGCUAGCCGGGACAGAC